AUGAAAGUUUUGUUCCUGAUUUGUUUCUUAAUUGUUGAAGCCUGUUCAAAAAACUGUGUGCACGAAUGGCGUAGCUAUCAUGGAACCUUAGAACCAAUGUAUUAUGGUGUUUUUGUUGGAAGCUUCGACACUGGAGUUCCUAUUUUCGUUGGUCGUGGAUCAUAUGAUGAUUUAAAGGUAACAGGUCGAAUUCAGACAACGCAUCCAACUGGACUCUAUCACAUCUCUGGUGGCUCCGUUCAUCACAUUAAAAGUGGAAUGGAAUAUUUGGUCAAAAAUCCAAAUUAUGAUUACAAAUGGAUUCCAUCAAUUAAUGGAGAAUUCAUUGAAGAUGCAAUUUCACCUGGAUACACUCCAAGUCGUGAAGUUCAUUUUGUUGGGCGGAUUAAAAUUGAUGGAAGAACAUUUUAUGGUAAAAUGAUACCAAAUGUUGGAUUGCAUUAUGAAAAUGCCAAUGGCGAUGAAAUCAUUGCUCAAAAGUAUGAAAUGCUUGUUUGUACUGUUUGA